AUGGAAUGGAUUCAUCGUGAGCUCGCCAUGCAAGAGGACAACGACGAUAGUAGCAGUGAAGCCGACGACGAAAAGAUUUCAAGAGGGCGACGAGGUGGGGGCGGCAAGAAAGUGAAGGGCAAAAAAGGUGCUUCGAGUGCCGGGGCCGCGGCAUGGACACCCAAAUACCUUCCGAUGGAGGGUCAAUCGCUUCAGUCAUCCAUCAUCCAUACGGCCCGGGCCGUUGCCAAAGAAGUCGAUGCCGCAAAGCCCGGAGCGAGCGAUGAGGAGAUCGCGGCCCAACCCGCAGCCACACGAUCGAGUGCCACGCAGCAGCUAAAACGAAUCUUCACGCCCAAGCUGCAAAAGCGCUUGAAGAGCGCGUCAGAUAAGACCGCUGCUGCCCUCUUCAAGAGGUCGCUCCUCGAGGCGUCGAGGACCGAGGUGAUCACCGAGAAGUUGCGGGACUCCAAAAGAGAUGACCUGAACAAGAUCCUUCGCAUGAUCCUCGAGAAGAACGGGAUCAAAACGAUGCAGCGAAUCGAAUCGCGCGAACAACAGCAGGUCCGCUGGGAUGGUGAGGUCGAUUACCUGCAUGACAAGUUAGUGCGCGUCAUUGGUGUGGAAAACUACUGGAGCAGACGUGCUGAGACCUGGCUAGAGCAGAUGAAGAUCGUGUAUGGACAGGAAGUCUACGAGGCUUUCAUGGAGCCGGACCGCUGGACUCAGAAGGACACAUGGUCGAACC